AUCGGGCUGUUUCUCGGUCCAUGGGACGCAAAUCCGGUAGAAAUGCAUCUUUGCGGACCUAAAAACGGUGGUCCCGGAGGUCACCUUAUUAGUCCUAAAAACCAAUAUACCACGAUACCGUAAACCCUAGUUUCAGACUCACAGGCGCAUUCCAUCAGUGCCGCGCACCAAGGUUUACGGUCUUUCGCUCCUCCUACGCCGUCUCCGUCUUCCCCACCCCGCACAAAUGCUCUCCGCCACCUUCAAAGUUCACCCAGCAGCGGCCGCGCAUCAGCGGCAUUCAGUCUGCCCGCCCCCGCAAUUCCGUGCUCCAAUCGGCACAGCGAUGCCAACGCGGCGGCUGUCGGGGGCGAUGCUUUCGAUUAGGAACGCCGUCGCCAGCCAGAGUGUAGAGAGCAUAACUGCGGCGCCUCGCACGCUCACCUUCCCGAUACUGGUGAAUAGUUGCACAGGGAAAAUGGGGAAGGCUGUUGCUGAAGCAGCUGUCUCUGCUGGUCUUCAAUUAGUUCCUGUAUCAUUCAGUGCAAUGGAGGUUCCUGGUGGAAAGGUCAACAUCUGCAACAGAGAGAUUCAUAUUCAUGACCCAUCUCAAAGUGAACGUAUUCUCUGUUCCAUUGUGAAGGACUACCCAGAUUUGAUAGUUGUUGACUACACUGUGCCUGAUGCCGUUAAUGCCAAUGCUGAACUUUACUGUAAACUUGGCUUGCCAUUUGUAAUGGGCACAACGGGUGGAAAUAGGCAACUGUUGAACAAAAGUGUGCAUGAUGCAAAUGUUUAUGCUGUGAUAUCCCCACAAAUGGGGAAGCAGGUUGUUGCUUUUCUUGCUGCCAUGGAAAUCAUGGCAGAGAAAUUCCCUGGUGCAUUUGCAGGUUACAAACUAGAGGUCAUGGAGUCUCAUCAAGCGACAAAAUUAGACAUUUCUGGCACUGCGAAAGCUGUAAUCUCUUGCUUCCAGAAAUUGGGUGUUUCAUUCGACAUGAACGAGGUAAACUUGGUUAGGGACCCCCAAGAGCAGCUUGCCAUUGUAGGUGUCCCAGAAGAACAUCUCUCAGGGCAUGCUUUUCACAAUUACCAUCUCACAUCACCUGAUGAUACAGUGGCGUUUGAGUUUCAGCACAACGUAUGUGGCCGUUCAAUAUAUGCAGAGGGAACUGUUGAUGCCGCCAUGUUUCUCCAUAAAAAGGUACAAUCUGGGGCGAGCAAGAAACUAUAUGAUAUGAUCGAUGUCCUGCGAGAGGGCAAUAUGAGAUGAACAGGUAUCGUAGGGUUAGAAGAGGGCUUAUGUAGCUCAAUGACUUCCAUGGUGUAUGAACUCUGGUUUUGCAGCACAAUUAGGGCACUGCUCAAAUGUACUCGUAGCAACUUUGCGUCCUAAUUCAAUCGUAGGCUCUUCGAAGUACUAGUAAUUGGUUCCCUCAAAAAAAUACUAGUAAUUGGUAACUCUAAUUUCUGAGCAAACUGUGAGUUAUUUGAAUAAAAUAAAAUCUUAACAUGGCCUUCUUUUGGUGGGCAAAGCUA